AUGGAUGACCAGACCUUCAGCGUGAUCAAGCCCCGCUCGACCGCCAGGAAAAAGGGCAACAACGCGUCUGACAGCCGGGGUUAUGCCGAGGUGGAAAACAUGACGGUGGAAAACAUGCUGGAGGACAGCGCCGUGCUCUCCGCGCCUCACCUGUCCGUGGAUCGAUACGAGCGCGGCCGGCAGGGCUGCUGCGAGAGGGUGGUCAUCAACAUCUCGGGUCUGCGCUUCGAGACGCAACUCCAAACUUUUAACCAGUUCCCAGACACGCUGCUGGGCGACCCCAGGAAGAGGAUGCGCUACUUUGACCCACUGAGGAACGAGUACUUCUUCGACAGGAACAGACCCAGCUUUGAUGCCAUCCUGUACUACUACCAGUCAGGGGGGCGCAUUCGGAGACCUGUUAACGUCCCCAUUGAUAUUUUCUCCGAGGAGAUCCGGUUCUAUCAGCUCGGAGAGGAGGCCAUGGAGAAAUUCCGCGACGAUGAAGGUUUUAUAAAGGAAGAGGAGCGCGUAUUGCCCAAACAUGACUUCCAAAAGCAGGUUUGGCUUUUGUUUGAGUACCCUGAAAGCUCCGGACCAGCGAGGGGGAUAGCAAUAGUUUCAGUGCUUGUUAUUUUGAUUUCCAUUGUUAUUUUCUGUAUGGAGACUCUGCCGGAAUUUCGAGACGAGAGAGACCAAAGCACAGUGGCACCCACAGUGAAUGGCACUGCUCCCUACGUGCCCAGUCCGUUCACAGACCCUUUCUUUGUGAUAGAGACUCUGUGCAUCAUUUGGUUCUCUUUUGAGUUGCUGGUGAGGUUUUUCGCCUGCCCCAGCAAAACUUCCUUCUCCAAAAACAUCAUGAAUAUCAUCGACAUCGUCGCCAUCAUCCCCUACUUUAUCACUUUGGGGACCGAGCUGGCCGAGAAGGAGACCAACGGCGGCCAGCAGGCGAUGUCCCUCGCCAUCCUGAGGGUGAUCAGACUGGUGAGGGUCUUUCGCAUCUUUAAGCUGUCGCGUCACUCAAAGGGACUUCAGAUUUUGGGGCAGACCCUGAAGGCCAGCAUGAGGGAGCUUGGCUUGCUCAUAUUUUUCCUUUUCAUCGGAGUUAUUCUCUUCUCCAGCGCGGUUUACUUUGCAGAAGCGGACGACCCCACGUCCAGCUUCACCAGCAUCCCGGAUGCGUUUUGGUGGGCAGUGGUCACAAUGACCACAGUGGGAUACGGAGACAUGCAUCCGGUGACUAUCGGUGGGAAAAUAGUGGGUUCGCUGUGCGCAAUAGCAGGUGUGUUGACCAUUGCCUUACCCGUGCCAGUGAUUGUGUCCAAUUUCAACUACUUUUACCACAGGGAGACUGACGGAGAGGAGCACCCGGUGUACGUGCACAGCAGCAGCAGCUGUGAGCACCUCUCUCCCUCUGAGGAGCUGAGGAGGUCGUGCAGCUCCUCGUCCCUCAGUAAGUCUGAGUACAUGGUGAUAGAGGAGGGCAUCAACAGCGCGUUCAAACAGCCCAACUUCAGCACCGAGAACAACCAGAACUGCGUGAACAUCAAAAAGAUCUUCACAGACGUGUAAAUGAACCACGGAUCAUUUGUGGAGCAUGAAGACAUAGUAGCUAUAAUAUUAUUUUUUAUAUAUAUAUAUAGCCAAUCGUAAUGUGUCAGUCCAUAUCUGUGGAUGAACGUGCGUAAAUGUCCGUUUUAACAAGUCUUUUUUUUAUGGAACCAAACGAUAAAUGCUGCUUAUUUUCAGUGUAGAUUCACAAAUAUUUCUAAGAGGUCAAGAAGUAUUAAUACAACUCAAAUAUUUACAGCUGAAAAAAUAUUUAUUGAACAAUAACUGACUUGUUAAAACCGAUAUUUGUGCAGUGUAUAGUGCCACACGAUGCCUACAUAUCUUGGUGUUGAUGCAGACGUUGUUGAUGUUCAUGACUGGGAUACACGUGUAGCAUAGCCUACUAUAGUCUACUCUAUAUUGCAUUUAACCACCAAGUCAAAAAAUAACAAAAAACGACGUCUUGUGCUUCGUGGAGAGAAAAAAAGUUUCAUUGUCCAGUAAUGUAAUAAAUAGACUAUGGUAAUUCAUAUAGCCCAAUGCCUGUUUUAGGUUAUAUUUAAUAUCAUAACCUGUUGAGAUGUUGGACUCUGAGUCUUGAUUAUUCAGGUAAUGUGGAGAAGGAAACGCUUAUCAGAAGAUAUGAGCUUUUGGUAAAAUUGUAUUUUUAUUCAGAACUGCCUAUAUUAUAGCCUAUAUUAAAUAAAAACGGAAAUUAACUGACUCAAACUGUCAUUAUAGCCUUUCACUUAAUAUCUUUGCAAAUGUGGCACAAAGCCAACGGUGGGGAAUGGGGGGGUGAAAUGUAUAAAAUGCGAAUAAUCGUGUGUUUGAAGUCACGUGGCAGUGACGUCAGGAUGAAAACAGCCCCCCCUCCCUCCCUUGUGAUGCAGUCUCCAUGACGACGGUGGUUUCCCGGGUAACCCCCCUCAGAUGUUACCAUGGCAUUGUGUUGCAUUUUCACAAACUGUGUUCAUUAUCACCUUUGUGUCCUUGGAGCAACAACUGUGCAUGUGUGUUGAUAACAUGUGAAACAAACACAAUAUGUUUCUUAAAGGGGGUUAAAGUAAUCAGUUACUCUUUGAAAGUUAGUGCUCUGCAGCCUGCAGCUCGCACACAUGUAAGAAAUUCAGAGACAGUCAUGCAAAGCUCUUUUCGUCUUUUGUUUCUCUUCAGUGAAAAGGACCUCUGCUGCUCUUUUUUUUCAGACGUGAGCUUGGUUUUCUCUGAGUUGGCAUGCCAACUCGCUCUGACGUCAGCUACCUUUCAUCCCCUCCAGCAGACAUUUGCACGUGUGCUUCUGGUCCAAAGAGGCUAAGAACUGAAGUGAUGCGUCAAACAGUGAAACUCAAAGGAGUUGACAUUAAUCACAGGACUGUUUCAUGGAUCAUGACAUAACGCGUGAGAGCAGGGAGGAAACUAAUUUAUACUUUUAUCAUACAAUCUGCUGAUUAUUAUCGUUAUUCAUUUUUUGUAUCUAUAAAAUAAUGUAAACAGAUUAUGAAAAGUGUAUCAGAGUCCAAGGCGAUACUUUAAAGUUCUUGUUUAGUCAGUCUAAAAUACAAAGACAUUCAGUUUAUUAUAAUAUAAAACAGGAAAUCUCCACAUUUGAGAGGCUAAAAACUGCAUUUUUUUGCCAUUAUUGCAGAAAUAAUUACCGAUUAAUCAGUUAUCAAAUUAUGAGAUUAGAGAUGAUUAGUCAACUCAUUGUUGCAGCUAUUUAAAAGUUGUUUAUCUAAAACCCAAAGAUAUUCAAUUUAUUAUGAAAUAAAACAGAGAAAAGCAGGAAAUCUCGAUAGUUGAUGGCCAUUAUUGCUUGAAAGUUUGCUUUAAAAAUGUAUAAAUUAUCAAGAUAAUUAAUGAUCUGACUUAUUGUUGCAGCACUAUAUCACUUUUUAUUUAUUAUCUAGGGCUGCAUCAUAGUGUUUUCAUUACUGAUUCAUCUGUUCAUUAUUUUCUCGAUCAAUUGAUCAAACAUUUAAUCUAAAACUGUA